AUGCUGCUGUCUUCACCUCCAGCCGUAACCUCGGAGAUAGGAUCCACGGCGACGGAAGCGAUCCGUGAUGCCGCCGACACAUUCGCUUCAUUAUCCGCGCCGUCGAACUCGAGCUGUACAUAUCAAUCGCGGUUCCUCGAGAAGGUUCUACUCGAGUACACCCGUAUCAAAAAUAAUCGGAUGGAGGCGCCGAGGAGACGGAUGCACCCAUCGACCUUCCCAUCUCAUCCCCCCGCUCAGGCAGAGCCGAGACUAUCUCUGGGCUUCAUGCUCGAGGGAGACCAGAUACAUCCCGGGCAGCAGUUAUCAAUAGAACCAAAUCCAGAGGUUGAGUUUGAUGCGGCGAGUGAUGGAUUUGCGUCUUUCUUUAGAGAUGAGGGGGUCUGGGAUGAUAUUUUUGCCGUGGCGGGGUUCAAUUUGCAGGAGGGUGUGUUUUCUUGUGAGACGUGA